GGAGUGACUGGCGCGAACUGAGGGUCGGGGCAGGAUGAAAUGGCGUCGUGUAGCAUAUUGUUAGCUUUUCAAAAUAUAGCAUAAUUCGCCGGGAAUUUGAAUCCUACGGUCUUCCCCCAUCACCGAUCUUACCCCAACGUACCUUAAUAGGUAUCACUCAUCGUUUUCAGAUGGCCAUUUUAAGAUUGCCCCUUUAUUGAAACAUCGACCCACUCUGCCACUCUUUCUACCUGCGUGUGCGUGGCGUAAAUACCUAAAAUCGCGCGAAAUUACAUACGCAGUCAGCAACGUACUAGGGAAUUUUAAAGCUUUAAAAAAAAUAGUUGUAAAGUUUUGGUGUAAUUUAUAUCUAAGUAUUAGACAUGGAACGAGUAGUGAUUCGCCGAGUACUCGGCCACUGGGUACUCGGCCUAGAUUGGGCCGAGUACUUUGCCGAAUACUCGGCUUUAAAAAAACGCGGUAGCGGGCGGCGUGCGGUUAUUUCCCUUACAAACAAGACCCAAAUAAGAACGAAAAACUAGUGCUUUUGCAUCACAAACUUCCUCUCUUAAAUUUUAAAUAUUUGUAAUAAUAAUUUCUAUUAAAGAUACUUAUGUACGUUUUAAAUACUGCUGCUUCUUCUCGUGUUCCUGAUGUUUUAAUGUGUCUAAUAUAAUAAUAAUGAUAAAACUGGCUUUUCGUCUAUUUUUCUCUGGAAUAUAAUUAAGCCCGCGUAGGUACUCGGUACUCGGCCGUUUAUACUCGGUGCUUGGCCGAACCCUAAAAAAGGCCGAAUCCGCCGAGUACCGAAUCGAAACCGAGUACUCGUCCCAUGUCUAAUAUGUAUAUUAUAGAGCCAUGGUAGCUCAGAUGGUUAGCGCUCGCUGUAAGCUUCAAGAGCCGUGGUAGCUCAGAUGGUUAGCGCUCGUUGUAAGCUUCACAGUACUCGAACAACCCGGGUUCGAUCCCCGCCGGCACCAAUGAAAUUGUUAAUUGCAAUUUUAAGUGCUGAUUUACCACGUGCUCGGCGGUGAAGGAAAACAUCGUGAGGAAACCUGCAUGUCUGAGAAAUAAGAAAAAAAUAUUUCGAAGACAACAUAUGAGGUUCGCCAACACGCAUUAGGGCAGCGCGGUGGACAAUUCCUUGCCCUAAUACCCUCUGAGAAAUGAGAUUAGGCCUGUGCCCAGCUUGGGACGUAAAUAGGCUGCAACCUUACUACUUUACUUUUAUAUUAUAGAAAAUACAUUCAUUAACAAUUUUAAAACAUUAUAAUAAAAAAACAGCAAAUAAUUUACUCAAAUUAUUAACGAAUAUUAUGUGUCCAUGUUUUCCAUUCAAGUAUUUACUUAAAUUAUACAUCAGAUUUAAAGUUUUUCCAUUGUUAAAUAUAAUAACCGUUAUUCAGUAAAACAGUUGUAAAUUAAAUGAAUAAUUACAGGGCACUAUACGUACUGCAUUAUUUUACUCUUUGUUGAAAGCCCCCGGUAACCACGAAAUAUCAUCCGUGACAUUGACCUACUACCUACUAAAGGUCAAUGGUCCGUGACAUAGGAAGGGAAAAGAUGCAAAAGCAUAUGAACACUCGCGCGCAGCGAUAAAGUUUAAUUUAGCUUGUGUGCUUGAUUUAUCUAUUUAAUAAUAAUUAUGUAGGCUAUAAAACAUCGGCAUGUAGUCAUCAUCAAAGAAGUGUAACUUCUGUACGUAGUACUAUUAUUUAUUCUAUGCCUUGACUAAUAUCACUGGCUUGUUACAGAUAAAAGCAACGAACCGAUCGGGGGUUGGUACCGACGAAUUGUACAUAUCAAAAUUAUGGUUUUAUGAUUUAAUCAUGUUUUUGUCAGAAAGUGACAAUGCCUCCAGGAGUUCAAAAGACAUCGAUGAGAUACUAAAUGAAAUUGCCACGACUGAUAAUCAGGAUGAUGUGGACACGAAUACUGAGGAACAGAUGGAGGAAGAGUGUAAUCAGUCAGCAUGCAGGACGAGCAUAUCACAACAAAACUACCCACGGCAAAUUAAUAUUGCAAAAAGAAAAGUAAAAAAUGCCGCAACAGAAGUUUUAUCAAAAAUAUCAAACAGGCUGGAUUCACCAGUUACAAAAUCAAAACCACCAUAUAGUGCAUUUGGCGAGCAUGUGGCUGAAAAGUUGAGAAGUAUGAACCAAGAUGCAGCCAAAUAUUGUCAAAAAAUAAUAAAUGACGCAAUAUUUUAUGCUGAAUUCAAUAACUUAAAUUAUACAUCCCACAUUGUCACCGACUAUCUGCAACAUCCUCAAUCACCCUAUCAGUCUUCUCACCAACGGUCUAGAUUUUCACCAUCCUCAUCUUCGCAAACUCAGUCACCACCAUCACAUCAACAUUUGGCUUCACCGUCUAUACUAAAUCAACCACACUAUCAGUCUUCUCAGCUACGGUCUAGAUUUUCACCAUCCCCAUCUUCGCAAACUCAGUCACCACCAUCACAUCAACAUUUGGCUUCACCGUCUAUACUAAAUCAACAACCCCAUCAGUCUUCUCACAAACAGUCUAGAUUUUUAGCAUCACCAUCACCACAUCAACAGCUACCUAUAGCAUCGUCGUCCGUACAAAAUAAAUCCCACUAUCAGUCGUCUCACCAACGGUCUAUAUUUUUAACAUCACCAUCUUCUCAAACUCAAUCACCACCAUCACAUCAACAUUUGCCAUCACCGUCCAUACUAAAUCAACCACCCCAUCAGUCUUCUCACGAACAGUCUAGAUUUUCAGCAUCACCAUCACCACAUCAACAGCUACCUAUAGCAUCAUCGUCCGUACAAAAUAAAUCCCACUAUCAGUCGUCUCACCAACGGUCUACAUUUUUAACAUCACCAUCUUAUCAAACUCAAUCACCACCAUCACAUCAACAUUUGCUAUCACCGUCCAUACUAAAUGAACAACCCCAUCAGUCUUCUCAGGAACAGUCUAGAUUUUUAGCAUCACCAUCACCACAUCAACAGCUACCUAUAGCAUCGUCUUCCGUACAAAAUAAAUCCCACUAUCAGUCGUCUCACCAACGGUCUAUAUUUUUAACAUCACCAUCUUCUCAAACUCAAUCACCACCAUCACAUCAACAUUUGCCAUCACCGUCCAUACUAAAUCAACCACCCCAUCAGUCUUCUCACGAACAGUCUAGAUUUUUAGCAUCACCAUCACCACAUCAACAGCUACCUUUAGCAUCGUCGUCCGUACAAAAUCAAUCAUCCUAUAUAUCUUUAUUUGGACCAGAGACACCCUGAAGAGUUUUUUUAAGUCUAAAUAUAAAACAUAUAAAUAAAAAAAUUGUCUUUCU